GCCCAAACCAAUUCUAAACUGUCAGAAAAUCUAUGGAGAAAACAACGUGAUGCGAAAGCUUUGAGGCUAGCUAGAGCCAACGCUAAGAAAAACCCUAGGUGGCGAAUUGCUGGACAAAUCUAAUCUCCUAAUUUUCUCUUCUCCGAUUGGGAACGGUCUUCGAUGAUGACGACAUUCUCUGGACGUAAAAAGUUUUGGAAGAUGGUGACAUUCUCUAUGCAGUGAAAGAUCGAAUCAAAGGUUUUUCAAUGCUUCCGCUCUUUUUUAAUUUCUACUUUUGAGGAUUUUGGUCCGGCUUCUUCAUUGGCCGAGAUUUUUGUCCGCUUCAUGUGAGCGUGUGGCGUGUUAUUCUCCUAGCAAUGUCUAGAGGUUGUGUGUUUAUAAUCGGUGUAAUCGAUGUGGUGAAUUUUCGUUGUUCAUGGUUGGUAAAGCUUUUUCAACCUUGUUGUUCCGAUGCUUCAAAUACUCGCCUACCACCUGAACCACCGCCUCGCUCUGUGAAGAAGAAGAUGAUCAAUUGGAUCUCCUUUUCAGUGGCUGGUCAAACCGAUGCUUCAGAAAAUUUUUGCUCGACUGAUUUUCCGUUUUUGGUUGCUGGUCAAAUCAAUUCUCCCUUUCCGGUGGCUGGUGAAGUCAGAUCUUUUAGUUGUAAUUUUUUAUUUUCUCUUUGGAGUAGCAAGAAGAGUAGCAAGGCUGUUAG